AUGCCUCAUUUAUUUGUUAGUACGAGAAUUCGUCUUGAAUCAGGUCCAACUAUUGUAGGUGAUGAACGAGUAGAUCCAGAAAUUAUGGCCUAUUUAGGUGCUCAACUUUUUCAUGAAAAAUGCAACAAUUUUUCUGAAUAUCGUACAAAUGAUUGUGCACGUGUUGUUCUUGAUAAACUGGAAACACUUGGUUAUCACGUAAUUUCAAUGACAGGUAUUGGUCAAACAUGUAUUUGGCUUUUACAUAAAGAUUAA